CUCCCGCGCGCUCCCGGGCUCCGGCCGCCGCCUCGCUGAACCCAGAAGCAGCCGGGCCGGGGCGGCGGAGCCAGCUGGGGCUGCGGGCGAGCGGGCCCGCGGCUAUGAAGUGGCACCCGAGGACACGGAGCCCGAGAACCCUCCGGGAGAGAAGCGCGCGCGGCGCACGGCGAGAGCCUGGAGGCGCUGGGGCCGGGGCAUAGGACUGCCACCAGCGAUGGACCGCGCCGGGGACGAUCCGGACUCGCCACAGGUGUCCAUCUCUGAAGGUUCCUGACCCUGCCCUGGACGACUGCCCCUCCACAGACUCCCAUCAGGCUGGACUCUACAAACCUGCUUCCACAAUGGGUAAUGAGGAGCUGUGGGUGCAGCCAGCCUUGGAGAUGCCGAAGAGACGGGACAUCCUUGCCAUUGUCCUCAUCGUGUUGCCCUGGACACUGCUCAUCACCGUCUGGCACCAGAGCAGCCUUGCACCAUUGCUUGCUGUGCACAAGGAUGAGGGCAGUGAUCCCCGGCGUGAGGCGCCACCCGGCGCAGACCCUAGGGAGUAUUGCAUGUCCGACCGUGACAUCGUGGAGGUGGUGCGCACAGAGUACGUAUACACGCGGCCGCCGCCUUGGUCCGACACACUGCCCACCAUCCACGUGGUGACGCCCACCUACAGCCGACCUGUGCAGAAGGCAGAGCUGACACGCAUGGCCAACACACUGCUGCAUGUGCCCAACCUGCACUGGCUGGUGGUGGAGGACGCACCGCGCAGGACGCCCCUGACUGCGCGCCUGCUGCGUGACACCGGCCUCAACUACACACAUCUGCACGUCGAGACACCCCGCAACUACAAGCUGCGAGGUGAUGCCCGAGACCCGCGCAUCCCGCGUGGCACCAUGCAGCGCAACCUGGCCCUGCGCUGGCUGCGGGAGACCUUCCCACGUAACUCCACCCAGCCAGGUGUAGUGUACUUCGCGGAUGAUGACAACACCUACAGCCUGGAGCUCUUUGAAGAGAUGCGCAGCACCCGGAGGGUGUCCGUGUGGCCUGUGGCCUUCGUUGGUGGCCUUCGUUAUGAGGCCCCACGGGUGAAUGGGGCAGGGAAGGUGGUUGGCUGGAAGACAGUAUUCGACCCCCACCGACCUUUUGCAAUAGACAUGGCUGGAUUUGCUGUCAAUCUGCGGCUCAUCUUGCAGCGAAGCCAGGCCUACUUCAAGCUACGUGGUGUAAAGGGAGGCUACCAGGAAAGCAGCCUCCUCCGAGAACUUGUUACCCUCAAUGACUUGGAACCCAAGGCAGCCAACUGCACUAAGAUCCUGGUAUGGCACACACGGACAGAGAAGCCAGUGCUGGUGAAUGAGGGGAAGAAAGGCUUCACCGACCCCUCAGUGGAGAUCUGAGCCUCAGGAUGCAGGAACCUCCUUCUCAAACCCUGUUCUUGGCCUUCCAUCCUCUCCCAUGACUGAUGGUCACUCUGAGGCAGACUCCUGAGGAACACCAUCACCUGUUUCUAUUCUGGGGGCUUCCAAGAGAGCCCAGCUUGAUGCCAAGAUAAAGGACAGAGAAUUUAAGCACAGAAAUCCCAGACCUGUUGUUCUCUCCAUCAACAUGGCCAGGGGCCUAAGAGACCUGAGGGCUGGGGAUUCCAGCCACCAACAAAGCCUGUGCUCAGCACACCUCCAUGGAAGCUUCCUGCACUGAUGGUGUUGUACGAACAGGUGCAUGGGCACCCGUGCCUGCCUUGGAGUGAUGCUGGGGCUGAGGGAGGUCCAAUGACUCCACUGUCAAGUGCAGCAUAGCUGUCCCUGGCUCCCUGCUCUUGGGCCCAGCAUGACUUCACAGCAUGCCCAGCCAAGACAUUCUGAAGACCAGAGAGCAGCCUGGGGCAUCAAGGUGCCCCAAUGCCCCUCCUCGGCACCUGCUCUUCCUCAGAGCUACUCCCAAAUCAGAAAUACCUCUGGCUCUCCUCUGGUUCAUGUUUACAGGGCAUAAGGCUGUCUUGGAUCCCACCUGACACCCAGCCCUGCAUGGGGGGAGCCUAAGUCUGUCUACCUGCUCCCCCUGUACCUCAGGCUGUGCGAGAACAGAGCCCCUUCCUCUUGCCCAUGUCCCUCAAACCUCCCCUGCCAGCAUUGGCAAGGAGGUGGGCCUAGAGCCAGCACAGGUCACUGACUGACCUGAACCAAGAACCAUGUGACCCCACUGUCCACACACUGCCUCUCCAGUACCUGUGGGCUGCAGUGCCCCUGGCCUGGCUUGGACCAGGGAGGCGAGACACCUCUCCCUGGAGGCCCUGAGAACUGCAGACCUCAGGGCCGGAGCUAGCAGUAGUGACCAAACAGAGCUCUUCCUGGGAAAGUGUGAGAUCCAGCAGCCACAGCCCCUUCCUGUGCAAUUCCAGUGAGGAUUGGGUUAGCAGGGGAGUCAGGGACAAGGGGCAGGAAAUGUUUGAACACUGAAAGGAAAGGAGAUCUGAGCACAUAGUGCUUUGGAAAUCGUUCUGUUUUACACAAAAUGGGAAAGUUUCACUUUCCCUACACUGGGGGCACAUAGAGUCAGCCUGCCUCUGUCCACUGCCCCCUCUCCACUCCGGAGAGAACAGUGUGCCCACACUGCUGCCCUCCACCCAGUAAAAGCAUCUGCCUAGGUGUCCAGGUAUCUGAGGGGCCUCUGACUCUGGCUAGAUGGGUCCCUCUGGUGGUGAUCUCACUCCUGCUCCUACAAGUUGGAAGCACAAUUUUCCCCCAUGUGGGGAAAAGGAAAGAGCCCAAGCCCACUGAAGAGGUGUUUAUUUUUUAACUGCUAACAGCUCCCCACUGCAUAAAACUCACAGGACAGAUCUAAGAGUCAUUCAGAACCCACUCUUGGGUGGAUGGGACUCAGUUCACAUACCUAACAUUCAGAGAAUAGCACUGGCUGCCUAUUUUGAAAUGGAUUUAACCUCCUACAGCCCUCAUGAAACCAUCUGAUGGCAUCAGAUCCCAGUGCCUCCUUGCAGGACAUUUUCCCCAACCUUUUAUACUUUGGAUGUUGCUUUGGAAAUUGACCCCUUAUAUUAAAUGGGGGUGGCAUGGGAGAGGGAGGAGGUGGGCAUGAGACAUCUAUCAGAUGAGUGAAUUUGCAUCUGGGCAGUCUACUGCUCAUGCAUAGAAACUAACCCGGAAUACCAAGGUCAAAUUGGCUGCUCUGAGGCAGCCAUCUUAGCCAAAAACCCAGUGCUCAUUUUUAGGAAAUUGAAAAAGGUAAAACAAAUUUGGAAAGGUUUUUUGGCAGAUUCUAGUUCAGUUGUUUUCGCCUAAUAUCCUCUCUUAGCUGCAUGUGUAUUUAUUUAUGAUUAUAACCCCAGUGGAUUGCAGGCUUCAUCUCUGUUAGGAAUGAGUUUGCUAUAAAUCAGAACUGAGUCCAUGAUAACUUGUUCUCCAAACCCAGGUUGUUCCCUGCUCUCUCACUGGCAAACCCCACCACACAGGAGUGAAGCCAGGGGUUAGGAGUUCCAAGGGCAGAGGCUGGAGUGAGGGUGGAGCGCAAGCUGCUGCACCAUCUGGUCUGUUUUAAUUUAACUGUAUUUAAUUUGUUUUCAAAAUUAAAAGUCAAAUAUGGUUUUUAACAGUCCUAA